CGAACGAUUCGCGCUUGUUGCAGCAUCAAAUCGUGAAAUACCAUACGGAGAGAUUACGUUUUUGAGCGAGCGAUCGUGGGUGCCAGUAAUCAAACGCUUUCGAUAGUUUCGUGUUCGGAUUCUCGCGAAAGUUCAGUGAAUCCGUCGUGCGUGCAUCGCGUGAUCUUCUUCGCCGGCGAAAAAAAAAGUGAGCGAGAAAGGUAUUCGAAUAUCCCGAGACGAAAUCUUCGCGCACAAGUACUCGUCGGCAGCAUUGGUUGAAUUUAUGAUCCUGACCGGAGUAUCACGGAUUUCGCGGUCACGAGUCAACGGCCUUAUCACGUCCCGAGCACCAUCGGGCCACGUUCGAGCGCGUGAAUCUUAAUUUUGGACGGUCCACGCGAUACGAAGACACGUAAUAAGUCGUCAUCGUGAUAAAAUUAAGGGGGUGUUAUCUCCCCCGAUGAUAUCCUCGAGCGACUUGAGACCUGAAGAGACCUGCGAGAGGAAACGGCGGAGUAGAUAAAUCUCGGCGACAAGAGACUUCCCGAGAAACGAUCGCGAGAGACGAUCCACCGUCGAAUUGCGUGGGAAUCGGUAGAGCGCAUAAUUUCUCUCGCACAACGAAGUGAGGGUGAGGAAGUGAGAGAAACCUUGGCAAGAAACCUGAUUCGAACUUGAAGAGACGUCGCAAUUAUUACGAUAUCAUUAUCAUUAAAUAAGCGGCGCGAAGAGGGAAGUGGAACAGCGGUUUGCGGAACGUGAUUCGAAUUUGAGGACAUCGUGAUUACAAUACGAUAUUAUUAUCGUUGAACAACAAGCGACGGAAAAAAGAGAGGAGAGGGAAGCGGUGGAAGUUGAAGCGAUUUCUCGUGAAAAAGAAAAAAACGAGGCGUGAAUCGUGACCGGCGCCACGCACGGCAGUGUACGGGGGAGAGAGGAGAGGAGAGGGGAGAGAGAGAGAGAGAGAGAGAGAGAGAGAGAGAACGCACGCGAAGGUGGGAGGCAGGAGAAAGAGGGCGCCAGCACGAAUAUCGCGCGCGCGGUCGCGAGACUGACUCGGAUUGACUCGGAGCGACAGAGCGUCGUGUGGGCGCGAAUGUUUCCUCUGUGCGUCGCCGACUUGCCGCGCGCGAGUUGUGCCUGUCAGUGAGCCCGCGGACGCGAAACUAACCUAAUCUCGCGCCGCAUCUCGCGCAUUCGUGGCGUUUGCGUGGCGUGUCCGUGUCGUGCCGCGUGUGCGUGCAUGCGUAUGGUCUCAGUACGGUUUUCUUCCGCGUUUACGCGUCAUUGACGUCACUGCUCGAUUCAAUCUUCGCCGAUUUGACCAAGCUCAAUCGGGAGAGUCUCUCGGUUUCCGGAGCGGAGCUCGCGGAAGAGAAAGAGAGUAGCGAAGAAUCCGCCCGCAUCUCUCACGAGAUAUAUACCGUCACGUGACAGGAGCGCGUGAGCCGACGUGACUCUCGCGGGUCCGGAGAGGGUUCUCGCGGGGCGACGAUAACGACUGGUGGUGGGCGAGGAGCGAAGAGGAGAGGAAAGCGCGAGGGCGGAAACGAUCGUCGCGGAGAUUUCGGAGAGGCGAGCGGUAUCACCGCCAUUCUAUGCGGCAAGAUGAUGGAGACGCAGAAUUAUUGGGAGGACACCUCCGCGCAUUCGAUGCAGGUGAAAUACGAGAGUCUGGAUGGUAGAUCCUGCAAGGACGAGAUAUACAGAAUGGGUAUAGGAGCUGGAUACUGCGAGGGCAAUCUGAACUUCGCGACGGCCUCGGAGGAUGACGAGGUCUACACCAAGAAGAAGGUCUCUAGGCAAGAUCCGAUGUCACACAGGAUCAUCGAGAAGCGCAGAAGAGAUCGUAUGAACAACUGCCUAGCCGAUCUUAGCCGACUUAUACCUGCAGAAUAUUUGAAGAAAGGUCGGGGUAGAGUCGAAAAGACAGAAAUCAUCGAGAUGGCGAUCCGCCACAUGAAGCAUCUUCAAGGCCUUCGGCAAGAUACCAAGCACUCGUCCGUGACACCGGUGCACACACAUCCUGAGGACAGCGUGGACAGCGUGUCCCACUCAACCGCGGCUUCCACCGCGGCAGAGCAUUACAAGCUGGGAUUUCAGGAGUGUUUGAGCGAAACCAUGCAUUUCCUCAUUGAGGUCGAAGGUUUCUUCGCGAGGGAUACCCUCUUCGUACAGCUCAUCAAUCAUUUGCAGCAGCACUGCGACAAAAUCGUAGCCACCAGUGACCGAUUAGGCUUCCCACAUCCCGAAUUGCCAGUGAUGAAUGGAGUGAUAAAUGGCGCCGCCUAUUCGCAUACGAGUAUUCCGACGAUAUGUCAGCCCAAUGGCGGCCACUCGGACCACGGCUCGAGCUCGGGUGUGAGCUCAUUUGGCGAUCCGGAGCGCCCGCUGCUGCGACCGACGAUCGUGCCACCGACGAUUGUAAGUGACGACAGCAAUCACAGCACCCAUUCGCAUAGUACGCCACCCGGAACCGGAACCGUCUCCUGUCGAGACCGGCCGACCAACUACAAGUUCAAGAGUUCGAUCAAACAAAGGUUUUCGGCAGAGAGGGUGAAAUCGUGUUCACCACCAGUGUCGAACGGUGCCGGACUGGAUAAAUCGCCGUCUUCGUCGUCUCACGGGGUGCCAAUCUUCGCUCUGCAUGACGCCGGAUCCUUUUAUGUACCACUGACAGUUGAGGCAUCCUUGAUCAGACCCCAUCUGAGCUUCAUUCCGGACACCGGACCCGACACCGUUUUACAUCCGGUUACGAUAUCAGUUAACUUCAAUCACUCGUCGCCGCCAGCAUGGUCGCAACACCACAGUCCCAUUCAUCAACAUCAGACAUAAAAGAGAGACGAGAACAAUUAAAAUGAAUCAUUCUACAUCCGAUCACUUGUAUCCAUCAUGAGCGAGAGAGAUGUAUUCUGUUCCAUCAACUCCGAUUAUCAUCAGUAGACUGAUCUUUAAAUCAGUGCCCUAGUACAUAAGUAUAAGAAUCUUGCGAAUUCUUGAAUAAUAUUGUCAGGCAUUGCGAUGAAAUCGGGAGCGAUGGUGAAGCCGUCCACGUGACGCUCGCGAGAAUCAAGAACAGUUGUGAUCCUCCUAUUUUAUUGAUCGCAAUACGCGGUGGACGACAUAUAGUGGCCUAUAUACGAUACAAUUGAUUGAUAUAAUUAGUAUCAGAAUUAAAUCUCAAUAAAAUAAAUUUUGAUCAUAUAAAUCUCAUUGUUAUUCAUAUCGAUAUCUUAAAGAAAUAUAUUUGUAAUGAUAAUUAAAUGUCGUAUAUAGGCCGCUUUUCGAAUGUAUACAUAGGAGACGCCGAAGUCGAGGAUGUUUGUACAUUUUUACUGGCUGUGGGUUGCUUUAGCAUUUACGAGGUUCGAGAGAAAGGGUUGUACAUAGAUAGAGUAUUAAGGAGAGGAAGCUCCAAGUCAUUCUGGCUUCGGUGUCUUUCUUCGUCGUUAAUCUGUAUAAUUCGGACAUUCGUUUUCCAUCUUCCUUUUCCCUAAACGAAUAUUUCAUCUCGUUCCCGUUUUGACUCCGUCUACUCUCCUUCUUCGAUACUUAUUUUCUAUCCGGACAGAUUUUUGCGCUGCUAUGUUUUUUCUUAGUAAAAAAUCAAUAUGAAUAUUGAUGAGUCUACAGAUCGUUUAUCAAUUAUAUAUUGAACAUGUUGAAUAUUCAGCGAAAGAGCAGUUGCGUCUCAAUAUAAAGGUGGGAUCUAGAAACAAUUUCGUUUCUUAUGUAUCUCUCUAAGAUCAGACAUGAAAAGGACAAAAGAUCGUAUAAUAGAUUUGUUUGUGUUGCUUGAAAUCCUCAAACAUUUUUGCACUUAUGAGAUAAAUCACAUACAUUCAAGUGUUGGAGAGAGAAAGAUAGCGAAGAUUCUGAAUGUAAAAAUGCAAGUAACACGAAUAAACCUUAUUAUGUCAAUAUCAAUGGAAAAGAUUUCUUUCUGUUAGGUUAACGCAACAAACGCAUGACAAUAGACAAAUGUUACCUAUCUAACAGAAUUGAUUCACGCAGGAGCGAUUAUCUUGCUUCAAGAUCCCGAUGGAUGAAUACAGAAUUAGCCAUAAGUAUAAAGCGCCCUCAAUUUAUUGCAUUUUUUUAGAAAAGGUGGUAAUAAAAAU